UCUGGUUUCUCAGAGCCUUCACUCUACACACACACAUGCAGACACACACACACACACAAACACACACACAAACACAGAGGCAUGAUAUGGUCCGAAGUAGUCAGCUGUGCAGAUUUCUCUUAGAGGGGUCGAGGAGCAGUUGUCGAGAGACAUGGACUUUAGCCAAAAGAGGCACUGAAAACAGCUUUACUGCUUUUGGACUGGACACUCACUCACAGCCGACCUUGGAGAACUCAAAGGAGGGAAGUGAAAUUGUGUGACGCAAGGGUACAUCCAGUUCCAUAAUGGCGAUCCCAAAUAACCUCUCCCUUUUCAACUCCACCUCCUCCCCCUAUUUAACAACAGAGAUCUAUCUGAACACCUCUCUGGCCUCCUCUGCUCCCCUCUGCCCAGACUGGUCUCCUGUACCCAUGACCACAGUCAUCCCUGCCAUCUACAGCGUUAUCUGCGUGCUGGGAACCGUAGCCAAUGCCCUGGCAGUGGGUGUGUUGGCCCACUCCAGCACCUCGAGGAGAACUGUUGCAAACACUUUCAUGCUGAACUUGUGUGUGUCUGACCUGCUGUUCCUGCUGUCCCUCCCGCUGUGGGCCGUCUAUUACUCCCAGGGCUACAGCUGGCCGUUUGGCUGGGUUGCCUGCAAAGUCUGCGGAGUGCUCCACAACCUCAACCUCUACGCAUCCAUCUUCUUCAUCACGUGCAUGAGCAUAGACCGCUACCUGGCCAUCGUGCAUCCGUUCCGCUCCCAGAGUGCACGAGACCCUAAGCUUGCCAAGCUCACAUGCAUCCUGGUGUGGGUGCUGGCGUGUGCUUGCUCGGCCCCUACCUUAUACCUGAGAGACACAUAUUUUCUGGAGGGGCUUGGCGUGGAGGCCUGUGUGAUUCACUAUCCGGAUACCACCUGGUAUAGGACUCUGGUCUGGAUGAAGAUUUCUUUGGCCUUCCUUCUGCCACUGUUUGUCAUCUCUUGUUGCUACUGCGCUAUUGGCAGACAUUUGCUGACUGACACAUGGCUGGUAAGAAUGCAGAAUGAGUCGCAGAGCUGCAGGAUACCUGACAGACCCCCGACCCCCUGUGUGAGCCCCAGCUCCAACGGGGGCAGACACCUGGAGGGCCGGGGGCUGGAGCGUGUGCUGCGGACAGUAGCUGCUGUGGUCAUGGCUUUCUUCAUCAGCUGGUUCCCCUUUCACUGCGUGACCUUUUUGGAUGUGCUGAAGAGCGAGGGCUGGUUGAACAGCUGUGGGGUAGACUGGACAAUCCAAAACCUCACCCCUCUGACCCUUUGCUUGGGUUUCUCCAACUCUGCCAUCAAUCCUGUGCUCUACUGCUUCAUCGGAAAUCAUUUCCGGGGUCGUCUCGGGGGAUUCUGCAAGGGCCUGUAUGCUUGUCUGAAAGCCCGUGGGGAGGAUCACAGCCAGAAGAGGGGCUCCUUCAGCACCAGGCUGAGCUCCUUCUCCCGAAAACUCAGUGACCUGAAAGACCUGGCGAUUGUGGAGCCUUCUGGUCCUGCUUAGCAAGUCCCCAGAAAGGAGACUUUCUCCUCCACAGCCUGGUUUCACACCCCAAAGAGUGAUGCCGAUGUCAAGUGACUGCUGAACUCCAAUAAGCAUAGAUGUGUGAGACGGAGCUGUUAACUGACUGAGUCAAAUUCCAACACAGCUCAGUUCUGCCCUACAAAAGACAAAAAGAAAAGGAACAAAAUUAAACAUAGCUGAGAUUUUUAAAAAAGGGUUAAAAGGGACAGGUCACCCUAAAAUCAUGAAUACACUUUUUUUCCUCUUACCUGUAGUGCCAUUCAUCAAUUUAGAUUAUUUUGGUGUGAGCUGCCAAGUGUUGGAAAAAUCGGCCAUAGAGAUGACUGCCUUCUCUCAAAUAUAAUGGAACUGGAUGGCACUCUGCUUUCGGUGCUCAAAAGUCCAAAAAAUACAUUCGGUAGAAAUUAAACAGAAAUGUCUCUUUACACAGAUAAUCCACAGACCUUGUUUUGCACAGUAUCAUGUAGGGACUAUUUUUUUCCCACCAAACUAUGCCUACCAUUUCAUUGCACGGGAGGCGUGCAUCUAGCUCAGUGGUGUGCUAGCAGUAGAUGCACACUUCCUUCUCCACAGUGAUACUGUUGGUAGUCUGGAAGAAAGACAUUUUUUUUUUACAUGAAUCAGCUCACAACAAACUCUGUGGAUUAUCUUGCACUGAGUUAUAAUUUCUGGAAAGAGACAUGCUGUUGAGUUUUUCUAAUUUUUCCUGCACUUUAAGCACUCAAGCCAGGUGCCUUCUAGUUCUAUUAUCUCGGAGAAAAUGCAGACAUCGCCGCGGCUGAAAUUAACAACACUUGGCAGCUCACAUCAAAACAAUCUAGACUGAUAGGCCCUAAAUAGCAUUACAGGUAUGAGAAAUUUUGAGGCUGGUUUGCCAAAUGGUGUAACAAACAUUUAAUUUAUGCAUCUCAUUCCUUUCAAGCUGCAGCAGCUUUCAGCUAAAAAGCUUUAAAAAAUCUACUGCGCUCAACCUGCUCAGUACCAAACUGCAGCAGUUAGACACUCACUGGAGAACACAGCUGAACAUUUAGCAGCUAAACAGUGCAACUAUUUGCUAACAAGGUGGGAAAUAAACUUAAAACUAAGAUAUGACAGUUUUGUGUUCACAAAAUCCCACCAUGUGGUGAAAAAGAGAGAGGGGGGAAAACACUUACUGUAAGGGUGCAGGUAGUUAAAGUUAGUCUACUAAGCUAGGGUAGUGAUAGCUUAGCAGGACCAAGUUAGCUGCUGUUACUUUCUUUGUGUCUGUAUCACGGCUGGAUUUGGCUUCUGCCUCAUUUAUACAGGGCGACUGACCUUAUUAAAAAAAAUUAUUUGACCAUAACAGAUUUUUCACAGGAAAGCAGGUAUAAAAAAAUAGGUAAAUUAAGCUUUACCUAAUGCAAGGCUAGUUGUAGCUAUCUCAACAGCUAGCUCUAUUUUAAGCUCUGUUUUGUAUUUACAAACUAUGAUAUUUUCUUUGAAAGUAUACUAUGAAAUAAUAAUAUUGUAUAUGUUAAAACAAUCUCAUUAACUUCAUUUUUAAUGUAUAGCUACUGUAUUUUGGCUUUGUACAGGCCAAAACAUUAAAUAAAUGCAGAUGUAUAAGGAUAAUUAUUAACCAGUCAUAUCAAUGCUACUUUUAAUGUUCUUUUUGGAACAAAUAUAUUAUAUGUAAUCAUUAACUUGUAACAUUUUUAUUGUAUUAUUCUGUAUGGAAUUGGAAAUUAUUGCAUUUCUUUGACCGAAAGAAAAAUAAAGUGAGCAAUAUUUCCCUAAAA